GCCGUCCCCGGCUGAAGGAGUCAAGUCCAAUCCAUCCAAGAGACACAGGGACCGCUUGAAUGCGGAGCUGGACCGCUUGGCGAGCCUGCUGCCUUUCCCUCAAGAUGUUAUCGCCAAACUGGAUAAGCUGUCUGUGCUCAGGCUUAGCGUCAGUUACCUGAGAGCUAAAAGUUUUUUUGAUGUUGCAUUAAAAUCAUCUAGCUCUACCAGACCAGAAAGAAAUGGCGUCCAGGAAACCUCUAGAACAGGAAAGUGUGGAGAAGGGAUGCAGAUCCUGGAAGGAGAACUCCUUUUGCAGGCAUUAAAUGGAUUUGUGUUAGUUGUUACAGCAGAUGCUCUGGUUUUUUACGUCUCUUCUACUAUCCAAGACUACUUGGGAUUCCAACAAUCGGAUAUUAUACACCAGAGUGUAUUUGAAUUGAUUCACACAGAAGACAGACCUGAGUUUCAACGACAGCUACAUUGGGCAUUAAAUCCUGCCCAGUCAGAUGAUUCUGGACCAAGUGUACAAGGAGAUAAUGGCUUUUCACAGCCAGCAACCUAUUAUAACCCAGACCAACUUCCUCCGGAGAAUUCUUCCUUUAUGGAAAGGAAUUUCAUCUGCAGGUUACGAUGUCUCCUGGAUAAUUCAUCUGGAUUCCUGGCUAUGAAUUUUCAAGGACGAUUGAAGUUUCUCCACGGACAAAACAAGAAAGGGAAGGAUGGUGCUGCUUUGUCUCCUCAGCUUGCACUGUUUGCAGUAGCUACUCCCCUGCAGCCACCAUCUAUCCUUGAGAUACGGACCAAGAACUUCAUCUUCAGAACUAAACACAAGCUGGAUUUCACACCUACUGGCUGUGAUGCAAAAGGAAAGAUUGUCCUGGGAUACACCGAAGCAGAGCUGUGUAUGAGAGGAACAGGAUACCAGUUUAUUCAUGCAGCUGAUAUGCUUUAUUGUGCUGAAAACCACAUACGAAUGAUGAAGACAGGUGAGAGUGGAAUGACUGUAUUUAGGCUUCUAACCAAAGAAAAUCGAUGGGCCUGGGUACAGGCAAAUGCACGUCUUGUCUACAAAAAUGGAAGACCAGAUUACAUCAUUGCCACACAGAGACCUCUUACAGAUGAAGAAGGGGCAGAACAUCUACGGAAACGUAACAUGAAGUUGCCCUUCAUGUUUGCCACUGGUGAGGCUGUGUUGUAUGAGGUGUCUUUCCCUAUGUCGAGCCUUAUGGACCCCUCUCAACCGAAGAGUAAAAGCACAGUGGGAAAAGGAGCCAAAGCAACGCUACACGAUGAUUCUGUGGAUCCAAACUCCCUCCUAGGUGUCAUGUUAAGGCAAGAUGAGUCUGUUUAUCUCUGCCCUCCAGCAUCACACAAACUUUCUUUUGAGCGGAACUUCUUUGCAGACAGUAGGGAUGAACUGGGUGGUGUUGUUAGCAGUGGCUGGACAGACAAUCUCCUGCCUGCUGGAAAUCACAGCAUUCUCAAACGGGAGCUGAUGGAGUGUUCCCAGGACAGUGUUCCACUCCCUGAAGACAGUGCAGCACUCUUUCAGGAUAACAAAACCAGUGACCUGUACAGCAUCAUGAAAAAUCUGGGUAUUGACUUUGAAGAUCUAAAGUGUAUUCAGCAGGAUGAGGAGUUUUUUAAAACUGAAUUAUCCGAUGUGGAUGAUAUUGGGGACAUCAACAUAACUGAUGAAAUCCUGACUUAUGUUCAGGAUUCCUUAAAUAAAUCUGACUUCUUAUAUUCAGACUGUAACCAGCAGCAGCCCUUGGUCCAGAAUGAAGGUUGCAUGGUACAGCAGGACUUAGAUCCACAUCAACUUCAUCAGCACCAGAAACAGCUUGUGGAACAGCAACAGCAGCAGCAGCAGCAACAGCAGCUCUGUCAAAAGAUGAAACAUAUGCAAGUCAACGGGAUGUUCACAAACUGGAGCUCUGGCAUGCCUCUUAGCUGCUCACAGCAGCAGCCCCAGCAAUACAUGUUCCCUGGCAUGCAUGCCAGCACAUCUGAGUUCUCUUACAAAUCAGAAGUUAACGCUUCCCCUUAUGAGUGUAGGCAAGACUUUGUUCCUUACAAGCAACCCACAGCGAUGAUGCCACAGCUUUCUAAUUUUACCCAAAUGGAUUUUCCUGCAGCGGGUUUUGAUGGAUCGACCUAUUCUGCUUCUUCCAACUUCGAGGAUUUUCUCAGCUGUUUGCAGCAAGUCCCUGAGAACCUUGAGUGUGGGAUAAACUCUGAGUCAGUUCUGCUCACUCCUCAAACUUGCUAUGCAGGCGCUGUUUCUAUGUACCCGUGCACACAGGAGGCACAGCCCAGCUGCGUGGAUCAAAUGCAGUAUGAUCCCAUGAUGACGAAUCAACAACAACAAACAUUGGGCAACAAGUUCCAAAAUGGUUUCAAUGGAGGAAAUGUAAAUGAAUCAUAUCCCUCUCAGUUAGAUGUGAUCAGUAAUGCACAGACUGCCACACAUCUUCAGCCUCUUCAUCAUCCAAAAGAACCCAGAUCCUUCUCAGAUUUGGCAUCUAGUGGAUUUAUGUGAUUCAGAUCUAGAGCUCCAUCUGUGAUUUUGUCUGGGCGUCAGGUUGCUCUGAGGAAAAGCUUGAUAAGUCUCUCUCUGAGCGUUAGACUUUACCAGCUAAAUUACGUUUUGAGAAUAUGAGGUCGGUUGCACUAUAGAUGGGUGGAUAUGUAAUUCAAGACCUGGCUUUUUGGAAUGACAGGUGGAAUUAAAUCUUCCAAUUAAAAGUAA